AUGGGACUUCGUUCACCUCUGUCUCCUGCACUGACCGCCUUCCACAUCAUUCUUGUGGCCCUAGGAAUUGUGGGUAAUAUCAUUGUGUUUGGAGUCAUUGGAAAGAGUGUGAUGAUGGAGCGCAGCACGAGACAUCACUCGGACAUUAUUAUCGUUAAUUUGGCGAUGUCCAACCUCAUGGUGUCUUUUGUCAGGAACAUACUGCUUAUCAUUUCAGACCUGGGCUUCAGGCUGUACUCCUCCAAAGGCUGGUGUCAGUUCCUGAUGGGAGUCUGGGUCUGGUUGCGGUCGGUCAACGUGUGGUCGACGUUCUUCCUCAGCGCGUUCCACCUCCACACUCUGAAGCGCGUGACUCCGACUAUUGGAGACCUUCAGGGGCCAAGGAGCACCUACAGGACCCUGCUGCUGAGCCUGGCCAUCAUCUGGAUUUUAAACUUUCUUUACUCCAUUCCUGCUCAUAUUUUCUCCACCAGUGGCAAUGAAAACACCACAGAGACUCUCAUGUUGGUGAGCAGCACAACGCGCCCCCUGCUGGGCUGUGUGUGGAACUUCCCGUCAAACUACUCUGGCCUGGCCUACGCCACCACAUCCAUGAUGGUCCAUGAAAUAUUCCCAAUCAUCUUGAUGGCGGUCACCAACAUGAUGUCUCUCUACAUUCUCAACACUUACGGCCGGUCGAGGAGCUCUGUUCAGGACGCCCCUGUUUUAAAACGAGUGCCAGCAGAGAAGCGAGCCGCCAAGGUGAUUCUUGCGCUUGUCAUGCUUUUCAUCGUCUCUUGGGGAACCAGCAUCAUCUCUGUCAACUAUUUCAACUACAACCGAGGCUCCUCAGCUGAGUUUCUGCUGGUCGUAGCUCGCUUCGGAAACAGCAUCUUCAUCACCAUGUCGCCUGUUGUUCUGGCAAUCGGCCACCGCCGGCUUCGUUCGUGCAUGAAGUCUUCUGUCUCUGACUGAAAUUUUCUGGGUGAAGAGCAACACUUGGUCCUUUAGGCCACAAAACAAUCCCAGUAAAUCCUCCAUCCACCUGUUGUUCAAAGUGUUUGUUAGAGUGGAUACAAUGCCUCGCAAAAUUAUCCAUGCUUCUUGAACUUUCUCACAUGUCUUCAUGCUUAAAGAUGAAGAUCUGAAAUGUGGGGCAAAUGUGUUUUGCCCCUUCUUUACUGCAUUGGCCGACAGGUGCAAAUGAGCAGCAAACACCGGAAUGAUGCAAAUUCCAAAACACACAAACACAAAACAAAACCCAAAUGCAAC